AUUACAAGAUGAAGCUGCGGCAGUAACAUUGAUCAUUGAUCCAACAUGGAUCAUUGAAUCUGACAUCAAUCGACAACCUGACAUCGAUCGACGACCUGAUAUCGAUUAUCGACCCAAAUAUUGA